AUGUCGAUGAAGACUGCUUUGAAUAGCUCCGAUGGUGAAUCGUUUGAGAUCGAAGAAGCCAUCGAACACCAAUCUUCGACAAUAACUCACUCGAGUUUCACGACUUCUCCUCGUGAAUUCUUUCUAUCUUAUGAGCUCUUUACUAGCAAGACACUUGUUAAACUGACAUUAGAAACACGAAUCACUAUUGGGGAGCUUCCUCAAGCUGUGUUUCUUCGAGUUCUUAAGACUCUCGCCAUCGACAUAGUCUAUUUUUAA